GUUCUUUUUAUUAUAUGCCUUCUAAGCGAAUUUGAAAUUACAUUUAAGCGCCACCGAUGCGUGGCCUAUAUACACCCCAACCCGCCCUGCACUUCAAGGUAACCAUUUAAUGGCAGUUCUGGGCCCUAGGGAAUAUUCCAUCUAGGGAGUCUUAAUUAGUGUUCUUUGCUACUAGCCCAGUGAUGGCCAGUGAAAUCAUUCGCACCCACAUUUCUAGGCAGGCUAUCUGCCGGUCAAUGCUGACCCAAACACCGAGCAGAGAAAACAAAUAAAAAAAAGGCGACAACGACCAGCAGCACAUUAUUCAAAUAAACAGCACAUUUCGCAGCGACAAACCGUGAGACCGCCGUACCGAUGGCGAUGGCGAUGCCGCAGCCGCAGGCGCUGCAUUGGCCAAGCGAGCAGCACGGCAGGUUCGCGUUAUUAUUAUGGUCAGUCUAUAAAUACAGUGCCCAACGUGAGCAACGCCGCCGUGUGAGCGAUCCGGGAGAUCAAUUCGGUCCAAUUUGCCAGACAAUUUGUAGACAUCAAGGGGAAGAAAACAGGAGGAAACAGGAAAAGUAGAACCCGCAGCAAGAGGAGGAGGUGCUAAGCCGGCAAAAAGAUGCCGCCCAAGCGUCCGCCACCGCUCGUGCCGAAGAAGCCCAAUCCCAGCAUGAACUACGAGGUGUUGAUCUACCUCAACUCGUUCUACUUCGGCAUGUUCGCCUGUUGCGAGAUGGCCAUGGGCCUCCUGAAGGCCAUCAAUCUCAGCUACACGGGACACACUCUGGCCCUGGACACGGGGGUGAUGAUUAGCUUCAUUGUCUUCGAGACGAUCCGAUUGAUAAUGGGGCGCAUGAGUUCGCUGGCCGAUCGAGGCUGGUCGGCCAUACUGUCGGUCUUCAUGACCGCCCCCUGCUUCGUGGGCGUCUCCUAUCUGCUGCUGCUGCAGACCUACCGACUGCGCCUGGAGUACUGCCUGUGCACGCUGCAGAUCGCCCUUUACCUGACCGAGGUGUGGUAUGCCAUCGUCUUCGUUUUCUCGCUGUGUCGUCCAGUAACUUAUGAUUAGCCACAUAGACAGAAACACCAGCCAACUAGCAGCAAAUAUACAUGCGAACGUUUAGCAAUCUACACGAUCGAGAAAGGAUAAUGUGCAGUGUAAUGAAAUGUAAUCAAGCUGAUUAGCAGUAGGCAGCUGAAUUGCUCAUGGCCGAGGAGAAAACCAAACAGAAAGAAAAGAAACCAAAACAAAACAAAACACAUAUGUAGCAUAUUAAUAAUUAUGUAUAGUAAGGUUUAUGAUAACAUACACACACUCUUAUAUACAUAUAUUUAACGGUUUUAUAUACAAAAAUUGUUAACAUUUAAGCAUCAAUUGGAACCAAUAUAAGACAACAAGCAAAACCUAAAA